CACGACAUGCACCUUGUCGUGUAUCUGCACAUAUGGAACUGGAAGCUGCUACCCCUCGUGAUUAUUACGUCUCGUGAAGAUGUUGUGGGAAGUCCCAGGUACCCAUUUUCUUCGUGCUGACAUGUUUAUUUCGUUUUCUAAUCUUGGGACAUCGCCGUCUUGAACAUCAAGAUAGGGUAUCCUCGAACUUCUUUUUGGGUUCCCUGCAGAGAUUAUAUUGGUUACGAUGGUCUCAAAACUACUCCUCGGUCUACUAGCUGGAUUAGGCGCGGCGGUGGCUCAGUGUCCAGAUUAUGUAACACACUCUACUCAGAUCCAUGAGCCUUUGUCGCAAGGGAAAUAUCAACUGUCUUACCAGAGACCGGAUCCAGCGUGCAGGACUUUUACCCUCGCCGAAGUUAAGGAGGCCAUUUUGGAUAUGGAGCAUGCCGUCAAAGAUCCAGACUUGGCACGUCUUUUCGAGAACACGUAUCCGAAUACUCUCGACACCACCGUCUCCUGGAAGGGAGUGGCAAGCGGCUCCGAUGAAGAGCUUACUUUCAUCACUACAGGCGACAUCGUGGCCAUGUGGCUUCGCGAUAGCGCGAAUCAGAUGCGGAGCUACAAGACACUUCUGAAAGCGAACAGCUCAACUGAUUCACUGGCCUCGCUCUUCCGGGGUGCCAUAAACCUCCAAUCACGCUACAUCUUCGCCAGCCCCUUCUGCAAUGCCUUCCAGGCUCCUGCCGAGUCUGGUCUGCCUCCAGAGCACAACAACGCAGCAGACACGGAUGAAGUGACUCCAGAUUACGACCCAAGUUUCGUCUUCGAGUGCAAGUAUGAGCUAGACAGCCUGUCGGCGUUUCUGCAACUUUCGUACGAUUAUUACGACAAGACUGGCGAUUCCAACUUCUUUGGCAAAUACAACUGGGUCAACACUGUGGAGACCAUACUGAAUGUUACCAAAACGCUUCUCAUUGGGACGUAUGCCGACGACGGGCAUGUGAACGAAUUGUCCUAUACCUUUCAACGAACCACCAAUAGCGCAUCGGAAACACUGCUAAACGUAGGGGCGGGCUCACCCAUAAAAGGAGGAACGGGGCUCGUCCGGAGCGCUUUCAGGCCUUCCGAUGACUCAACCAUCUACCAGCUCUUCAUUCCUGCCAAUAUGAUGUUCUCGAGUUACCUGGGAAGAUGCGCCGAGAUCAUGGAGAAUCAAAACAGUGGUUUAGCUAAGCAGAUGAGCGACUUCUCGACAUCUGUGCGCAAUGGGAUAGAGCAGCAAGGGAAAGUACGACAUGAAGCUUUUGGAGAGAUCUAUGCAUACGAAGUCGACGGUUACGGCUCGAGGAAUAUGAUGGACGACGCCAAUGUUCCGUCUCUCUUGAGUGCCCCUAUCUUGGACUAUCUAGACGCGAACGAUACCACGUACCAGAACACGAGAAAGUUCGUUCUCAGCGCAGAGAACCCCUAUUAUAUGCGCGGGACAGUUAUCAACGGCGUUGGCAGCCCUCACACCCAUCCGGGAAAGGCGUGGCCCAUGUCCAUAAUUGUUGCGCUACUGAGCUCCGAUGAUGACGACGAGAUCAUGAAAGGCUUGAGGAUGCUCGUCUCGUCAACAGCGCAGCUGGGGUUGAUACACGAAUCCAUCGACACCUUCAAUGCUUCUAACUGGUCGCGCCAGUGGUUUUCGUGGGCCAACGGGUUGUUUGGUGAGAUGCUGCUGGAUUUGAAGGACAGGAAGCCGUAUCUGCUUGAACUGAGUUACCAAGAUUGAUGAACAACUUGGCAACGGUGAAGGAGCUGCGCUGGGAUCGUCCUACUUGGUGUUGUUGUGUCACUAACUUGCAACAAUUUGUUUAGUAUAGACCGUUUUCAAACUACAUACUUACAAUGGAG